AUGUCUGACAGGUUGAACCUUACUUUGGAUGACGAUUAUCAGUACAGAAAAUUGAACGAGUGUGACAUCGAAAACUUUCCUCGAGUGUGUAGAUGUGAAUAUUCUCUUCUUCUAAGUUGUCCGGAAUUAGCACUACAUUUGUUGCCGCAGGACACAUUACUAUCAGCAACUCACUUGGUACUAACUAACACCACAUUGGAUUCUUUACCUGUGGACAUAUUCCAUAAUUACACCAAGGUUAUAGUUAUACGUUUAGAAAACAAUAGAAUAUCGUACUUGUCGCCUGGUACAUUCACUUAUCAGGUUAAUUUGAAAAAACUGUAUUUGAUGAACAAUAGCUUAACGAACAUUGCACAGGGUGUAUUUUCAGGAUUAUCCACGUUGCAAUGGCUAUUUCUAGAUUAUAAUAAGUUAGAAUACAUUUAUUUAGACGAUUUUAAAGACCUGGUAUCAACGCAAUGGAUAACUUUGUCACACAACAAACUAGCGCUCGCAUCGGAAACUUUCCCAGCGAUGCCAAAUUUGCUGGAACUUUUCGUCGAUCAUAAUGAAAUUAUAUCAGUCAGAGAAGACACUUUUGAAAAUUUAUCAAAUAUGGAGUUCUUGAGUUUAAGGAGUAACAAAAUCGAGUCUAUCCACGAAAAAGCUUUCAGUAAACUUCACAAUUUAAAAGAGUUGAAUCUUGAAGAUAUAGAAAUCAGAAACAUACAUACACUAAUGUUUAUUAAUUUGUUCAGCUUAGAGUCUGUCUACUUUAAAAAAUACAGUUACUGCCUAUUUGUAACUUCUGUAGAGAGAUGCAGGCCUCUUUCAGAUGGUGUUUCCUCCAACGCUCAGCUUCUAUACAAACCAAUUUUCCGUUACACAAAUUGGAUAAUAUGUUUUGCGACAUGCGCAGGAAAUAUUAUGGUACUUUUCGGAAGAUACCUCUUCAGAGAUGAAAAUAAAGUUCUUAGCUUAAUAAUCAAAAACUUAGCAGUGAGCGACCUUCUAAUGGGAAUAUAUCUCUUGCUGAUAGGUAUACAUGACAUGAAGUUCAGGAAUAUUUAUAAUUUGGAAGCCCAAAACUGGAUAUCUUCAUGGGGUUGCACCAUAACAGGGAUAAUAGCGAUGUUAUCAUGUGAAGUGUCCGUUUUACUCCUUGUGUUCAUGUCUGUCGAUCGCUUCCUGUUAAUUGCUAUACCAUACGGGAAAUAUAGCGCGCUUACUAUGAGAGAAGCUGUCAUCGCCCUCUUGUUUAUUUGGUGUCUAGGAAUUAUCUUAGCAGUUUUUCCAGCUCUGGCAUAUUUAUCUAGUACAAGGUUCUAUGGUGUCAACGGACUAUGCUUUCCACUACACAUUGACGACCCUUAUUUAGAGGGCUGGGAAUACUCUGCAGUCAUAUUUUUUGGCAUAAAUGCUACAGGUUUAAUUAUUAUAUCCGUCGUUUACAUCGGCAUGUUUAUCAGUAUAUGGAGAACAAGAAAUGCAACCAACUUACCGGCAAACGACUAUCAAUUUGCCAUCAGAUUUUUCUUUAUUGUAUUGACAGAUGUCACUUGUUGGUUGCCUAUAGUUACUAUAAAGGCUGUGGCUUUCCUGGGAGUCGCGGUUUCAGAUGAUCUCUAUGGGUGGUUAGUGGUUUUUAUCCUACCUAUCAAUUCAGCGUUGAACCCGAUAUUAUAUACUUUCACAACUCCUAAAUAUCGAACUCAAAUCCUUAAAAAGGUUCCAAGCCUGAUCAAGGAGGCGGCCGUCAAUUUGAGUAAAAACAAUGGAAGCAAAAUUUGUUCUGGAGAAAUAGACCAUCUGAAGUUAACUUGUGCAAAGGAGAACAAUUUAAACAAAACUAACGUAAAAAUUGUACUGAAUAAGUUCUGA